GUUCUGCCACACAAUGGUACCUCUGCAUCCAAUGGUACCUCUGCAUCCAAUGGUACCUCUGCAUCCAAUGGUACCUCUGCACACAAUGAUACCUCUGCAUCCAAUGGUACCUCUGCAUCUAAUGGUACCUCUGCAUCCAAUGGUACCUCUGCAUCAAAUGAUACCUCUGCAUCCAAUGGUACCUCUGCAUCUAAUGGUACCUCUGCAUCCAAUGGUACCUCUGCAUCAAAUGAUACCUCUGCAUCCAAUGGUACCUCUGCAUCCAAUGGUACCUCUGCAUCCAAUGGUACCUCUGCAUCCAAUGAUACCUCUGCAUCCAAUGGUACCUCUGCACACAAUGGUACCUCUGCAUCCAAUGGUACCUCUGCAUCCAAUGAUACCUCUGCAUCCAAUGGUACCUCUGCAUCCAAUGGUACCUCUGCAUCCAAUGGUACCUCUGCAUCCAAUGGUACCUCUGCAUCCAAUGAUACCUCUGCAUCCAAUGAUACCUCUGCAUCCAAUGAUACCUCUGCAUCCAAUGGUACCUCUGCACAUAAUGGUACCUCUGCAUCCAAUGGUACCUCUGCAUCCGAUGGUACCUCUGCAUCCAAUGGUACCUCUGCAUCCAAUGGUACCUCUGCAUCCAAUUGUACCUCUGCAUCCAAUGGUACCUCUGCAUCCAAUGAUACCUCUGCAUCCAAUGGUACCUCUGCAUCCAAUGGUACCUCUGCAUCCAAUGGUACCUCUGCAUCCAAUGGUACCUCUGCAUCCAAUGGUACCUCUGCAUCCAAUGAUACCUCUGCAUCCAAUGAUACCUCUGCAUCCAAUGGUACCUCUGCACAUAAUGGUAACUCUGCAUCCAAUGGUACCUCUGCAUCAAAUGGUACCUCUGCAUCCAAUGGUACCUCUGCAUCCAAUGGUACCUUUGCAUCCAAUGAUACCUUUGCAUCCAAUGAUACCUCUGUAUCCAAUGAUACCUCUGCACACAAUGGUACCUCUGCAUCCAAUGAUACCUCUGCAUCCAAUGGUACCUCUGCAUCCAAUGGUACCUCUGCACACAAUGAUGCCUCUGCAUCCUAUGGUACCUCUGCAUCCAAUGGUACCUCUGCUUCCAAUGGUACCUCUGCAUCCAAUGGUACCUCUGCAUCCAAUGGUACCUCUGCAUCCAAUGGUACCUCUGCAUCCAAUGGUACCUCUGCAUCCAAUGGUACCUCUGCACACAAUGAACUCACCGCCGGAGAGGAGAGACUCACCAUGAACACGAAGGAGCCGCCGCCGCCACCACCACCGCCUCCCAAGGAGAUCAUCCAGUUCUUAUUCGUCAGCUUCUCAAUGUUGGUCGAUGUUUCCAAGUUCUUGAAGUCUGGGGGCGAGACUUG